AUGGCGCCGAACCCCAGCGUCCUUGUAACUGGAGUGUCGACGGCCGAACACCUGGACGACUUUGCUCGCACCGAGUUGGGCAUUUCGGCUGAUGCGCCCAAGGUGAUUCUUUCGCGAUGCUGCUUUGUCACCGUCGGCUCUUCCAAAGCCGGCUUCCGAGCUCUGCUGGAGGAAGUCAUCAGCGAGCACUUCCUCAAAUUCAUGAAGCAGACUGGCUACCAGGACAUGGCGGUCCAGUGCGGCCCGGAUCUCGAGUGGUUCGAAGAACAGCUCAAGGGCAGGCGCACGUUCGGUAUCAAAAUCCAUUGCUUUGAUUUCACGGACGAGAUCUACAGGUACUACCUCUGCUGCCGAGGAGAGUACCGUGCGCGACUGGCCGGCUGUGUCAUCGCUCACUGUGGCUCUGGCACGAUUCUCGAAGUCAUGAGAUACCAUGUCGCUCUCAUCGCUGUCCCCAACCCGACCCUGGCAGAUAACCACCAGCAAGAGCUGGCAGAGGUCGUUGACAAAAACCGCUGGGCUGUUUUUGGCCAGCUUGGCCAUCUAACAGAUGCAGUCCAAGAGACGCGCCUGCGCACUGCACAAGGUCGGCUAGAUGACCUUCCGCCCUUCGAGGAGCCGGUGUUCCCGCCCACCGAGGAGGACCGGAGCACCACGCUCUUUGACUGGAUGGUGCUGACGUGUUAUCCAGACGCGAUGGCCAAGGCCACGCAGAUGAGGGCCACCGCCCAACACGGCGAGUCCGUCGAGCGUGAGUUAUCUUCCGGCUGCAGCACCACUGCUGCUGCCGCCGGCCGCGUAUCAGACAUCGCCAGUCUCCAGAUGGAUUAG